AUGAGCUCGAUGUUGAUAAUACUGGAAAGUAUGGAUGGUCGUAUCGCUGGUGAUCACAAACGUACCCGUCUUUUCGGAAUAGCAUUGACCCGCUUCCCCCGAUCAUUUGUUUAUACUGCCAUACAAGCUGUCCCAAUGGUGAAUGUAAAGAAGGGCGUGUUGGUGCGCUGUGAUCCGGCUAUGCGUCAACUACUGGUAUAUCUUGACGAGUCACGCGCACUGGGAUCAAAGUUCAUAGUGAAGGAUUUGGAUGAAACGCAUAUCAUAGUCGAUAAGGAAAUUGUACCAACUCUUGAACAGAAACUCGACCAAAUGAUGGAAUCACUGUCUCCUGAUCUUAACGACAAGUGA